AUGGCCACCAUUCCAAACCCUAGGCUCCGCCCGCACGAGUACCCCAAUCGUCUCUACCGCGUUCACUUCCCCGGCGUCUCUCACACCAUUUACAGCGAUGCCGGCGGGUUUGAAUGUUGUGCGGACGGCUUUAUCCAAAUUUGCAACUACGACCACCUUGCCGAAGAGCUCGAAAUUCAUCUUAACUGGUAUUCUGACGAACCCAGUCAUUUCAUCUCCACGUUUGGUACCCAGAGCCAUGCCUUUAAUUGGGCUCAGAAACAAAUUGAUAAGGGUAGAGCACGAGACGCUACGGUAAUGGUAAUCGACCCCGACAAAAUCAAGAAUGCGAAUGGCAACCCUAUCCCGAUAUUGGGGGUUCAAGACGUCAUUGAGCAGUACCCUGGACUACUUCCUAAUGGGAUCCAUGAAAGCUGGGUCAGAGAUGAAUUCCUAGCCCUCUACAAGAUUCCUGCGCGAGCUAUCGUCGAUCGAUAUGAUAUCUAG